GCAGCGGCUACUGCGCCGUACCACCUCGACGCACGACAGUAUUUAUUACAUACGAUUUACACACAUAUAUAUACACACACAGCAGUCGUUUCUGCUGUAAGACGGGCACUAAAUGCGCGCUGUGGUGUACGUGGAGACCAGCACUCGCCCAGGAGUAUCACAUGAACAUUUCCCAAGUACAGCAGAUGUCUUGAUAUGGUCCAAUAAUGGCUGCAAAAGGACUCGAAACACAGGACGAGGAGCACUGCAACUCUCCAUGAUGAAGAUUGCUGACAAACAGUAACAUCCCACCUGAUACUGAACCACCAUCAUCAUGCCCUUAAUGUGGAAGAGCCCAACACUCAACAGCCACCUAUCAAGAGACUGAAAACCAUCAGACUCCCUUCCCUGAAGACUUAGGAACAACAAGAACUGAAUUUCUUUAGUCUUGAAAAGCGAAGACUGUGAGGGAACCUGAUUUAAGUGUUUAAAAUCCUCAAAGUCACCAGUAAGGUUAACCCAGGGGAUUUCUGUAGAGGGAACCUGAGGACACAAGGGAAACCUAUAUGUGCAGUCGAUGCCAGUGCAGCACUCUGUGGGGCAGAAAGCAGAGACGUCAUCUUCUGUGAAAGACAUGACAGUAAGAGCAGAGGUACGAGCGUAGAGAAGCAGGGAGGAAAAAGACAAGCACCCCUAGAGAUGCACACUGCUUGCACAACAGGAACUGCACUCAGUGGGUAAAUGUCAGCAUCGAUCGGAGAUUAUGAUCAUGCAUGCACUGCUACUUCCCUAGCCAUUGUCAAAAAAAGCGGUAGACAAAGAUGACGUGGGCUCCUAAGAGGCUCCAUCAGUAAAGGCUGUGACAGAGUGCAAACUGAGGACCAAGGCCCUGACGUUUCAUGUGUGAGCCGGGUCACUGCGGAAGCCAGCUCAGGGUUUCCCCGAAGGGUGGCAGGUUAGGGUGGGUGUGGUUCAGCCACGGUCCAGUCGACUCUGUGAACUGCAGGGCGUCUCCCUGAGAGAGGCACCUCUUCUCAGGCCUGGACUAGCUCUCCUGCUGGCACUGUGGAGCUCACAGCGUGCCAAACGGUGAAUGUGUGUCAGAGAAGCAUAUCUGAAAAAAAAGGGCACACGAUUGAAAUCGUAGAAAGAAGGCAGAGUCUCAAUGCAACUGACAGUGCCAAACUGCCAGGAUGUAUAAUCGACCUAGUCACACAGAGAGCUGCUUGCCUUGAUGGGUCAUAGGAAGCCAAAGACUAUCCUGGAAGCACAGGGCAAAUUUAGAAAAAUCCAUAUCCAUAUGCCUGGAGGUGAGAAGACACCCAAACACCCAGAAGAAGACCAUGUGAGCACUAGUGGAACAUGCACACUCCACACAGACGCCACAGCAACCCAGGACCAGCCCCAGAGUCCAACAGCGGUGAGGCUGCAGUGCUAACUGCCUGCCACGCCACUGUGGGACCCAGGGCACGCAAUAAAAGAAAAGGCUCAUCUGCAAUUCCACAAAAAAAAAAACUCCUUAAACAAUCAGAUCCUGCAUGGGUUAACUGAGCACAACUGGUGGCCCUGCUGAGACCGCUGUGGGCUCCUGGUGUCGGCCGCUGGGGCUCAGCCGCGCCAGGGCGGGCACGGCGCUAAAGCCCUCGUCCGCCGGGGCUCCCCUGCAAGCCCGCCCUGCCUGGCGGCACGCGUCGCCAUGGCAACCCCAGCGAAGCAACCUCUCCGCAGCCGCCUGAGAUCGAGGAGAGAGGAGGAGGAGAAGGGGACAAAGGGAGAGGGAUCGUUCCUUCUGCCGUUGUUGUUGUUUGUCGUGUCGUGAACCACAAAGGGAGGAGCAGCAGCUGGAGAGAGCCAGGGCAGGGGGGGGAGAAGGAGCCAGCCGGCACGUGGCGAGAGAGAGCAGAGAGCGAUGUGCCUUCCAGGCUGUAGCUCUCAGAUCGAUUCGUGAUCCAGGGAACAGCCAUGCAGAUGGAAGGGGGGACUCGCGUUCAUCCGCGCUGAUCCCGCGAAGCGCUGCAGACAGGCGGCCGAGCGGCACUCCUGUCCUGUGACCCUGCGCUGACACCUUCCCAGCGUCCUUUCCCUGCAGCCCGGCCGCCGGGGCAUGUUCACGGCUGCAGGCCAGGCCGCGCGCCGCGAGGACAGCGCGGCGACGGGGACCCUCCUCCAGGCCAUGUCGGAUGGGAAAGUCCAGCUGGCCAGGUUCAUCCUCGCUGCCCGGGGAGAGAGCAUUGUGAACACGCGGGCUGGGGGGGCCGGGGGGGCCGCGGGCCGGACAGUGCUGAUGUGCGCCGCCCUGCUGCCCAGGCCAGCGGACAGGACCCUGUUCCUCAGGCUCGCGCUGGCAAAGGGCGCCGAUGUGAACCUGCGGGACGAGGGCGGGCGCACCGCGCUGAGCCUCGCCAGCGAGCGGGGGUACCUGGACGUGGUGAAACUCCUGCUCCGCCACGGGGCUGACCCAGGGAUCUCGGACGAGCAGGGGCGGACGGCACUGGCCUACGGUGUUCGCGAGGGGCACAAGGCAGUGGUCCGGUUUCUGCUCAAGGAGUCAGAGGGGCCGGAGCAGACGGGGCGUCUGUGUCAGGACCACACUGGGGGGUCGGGCGGAGUCCCGCGGGAUCCCCGCGAGGACCACAGCCGUGGGAAGAGAGGAGAGGGCCGCCUGCGGCCGCAGAGACCGGAGGAAUGCGCCGGGCCGCCAGAGCUGAUCCACGAGGAGCAGGAGGGCAGAAGUGGACAUGGAGGCCCCCAGGACUCCCAGCAGGCUCAGCGUGAGGGGUCUGGUCCCCCCGGGGGCUGGAGGAGACUGCUGCGCCGGGAGGGCGCUGGGACGCUGGCGGAGCUCAUCAUCCGGAACCCCUACACCAGAGAGGAAGAGAGGGAGGGGGGGGCCUGCCCCGCGGUAAGGGGGCCCCAGCAGGACGAUGAGAGCUCCCCCCCCGGAUGGUCUGCUCAUCGCCACUUCCCUCUUCCACCCCUGGCCAGCCCGGUCAUCCGGAACCCCGUGUUCGCCACCGCCACACCCGGACGCAGACGGGAAGCCCGCACUUGGCCGGGACCCAGCCUGGACAGGCCCAGCCAGAAAGUCCAGAGCCAGCAGAGCCCUGCAGAACCGCCCAGGCCCAGUUUUCUCCCCAGCUGGCUAACGAGGGUGCAUUCACAGCCUCCUCCCUCUGAUCCGGCUGGCAGGCCUCCGCAUGGCUCAUUUCCGAAGCCCCCGAGCGGCUGGAGGAGGUGGACAGUGACCAGGAGCACGACGAGCUGCGGAGGGCCCACCCAGGACGAGGAGCAGCCCAGCAGAACCCUCAGCAGCCUCCGGGAUCAGCCUGAGACCCCGGGGCUGUACCUCAACCCAGCGGCCGACUGCGGACACAGUGAACCCCCAAGGCCUCUCCAGAGAAGCCCACCCCAGGAUCCCGAGCUGCCCUCGUCAACCUCCGCCGACCCCUCUGCCUCUCCGGGAAGAGAAUCGACGUCCCCCUCGGAGACCCCCGACACAGUGCUCAGAAACAAGUGGUUCCAGGAGAGGGGCUCAGUCUGUGACCUCACGGAGAGGCAGGGGUGCUUGGAGGUUGGGGGCGUCCAGAGCUCUGCCCAAGCUUCCCACAUGAAGAGGCAGGGUGGAGGGGUGUCGGGGAGCCCCAGGCCCCUCGGAGUGCGCCGCCGCCACCCCUCCCCUGAGGCCAGAGGGCCGAUCGGCAGACAGACGCACGGCCACCAGGAGGCGGAAGUGAUCUCCCUGCGCCACUCCCAGCCCAAGGCCUGACACAGACGGCUCCACCUCUAGGUAACUCGUAGCCGGAGGCUCUCAGCCGGGGGUUGGAUACACGCACAGCCCCUGAGACGGUCGGGGGGCCAGGCUGCGGGAGAGGGCAGGCGGAAUUUUCCAAAACACGAGAGUAAAGUGUGCCAGGAGAAAAAAAAAGAGUUCUGGGGACGUGAGUGUUCAUCCGAGUCUGGAUUGCACACAGCCGACAACAUGUCCUUCUCUGCCUCCGACGGGGCUCUUCCCAGUCAAAGCACCAGAUAGGCAGGCAGCUUUUCACAGCUUCAGGCUCCCGAUUUGCUCCUGUGUCUCAGAAAACAACUGUGAGCAUUUAAAGAGGAAAAACGUCUGAGAGAAACUGGAUGCGUGGAAAAGAGACGCAAAUUGAACAUGAUUUGCAAACUUGUCAGCUCUGGUUAAACAGGGGUUUGGGGUAGAGACGCUUUUUUUUUCCAUUCCAAGAUACUUGGUAGUUCAUUGUGUUUUUUUUUUAUUCUACCAUAUUUUCUCUUGUGAAUCUCCUGACUUUAUGAGGCCAAACAAGAUAAAUCUGUGGCUGCAUUAGAAAUCAGAGCUUUAUCAGUAAGACAAAUUCCUAAGUAAAGAGAAUCAAGUUUGAAGAAUCAGAGUGAAGGGGAGUUCUUAUGCAUACACUGUAACAAUACACCGUAACACUGUAACAAUACAUUGUUAGAUUGAAACAACACACUGUAACAAUACACUAACAAUACAUUGUAAGAAUACACUGUAACACUGUAAUAAUACACUGUAAUACUGUAACAAUACAUUGUAACACUGAAACAACACACUGUAUGGGCACACAAUGCGGCACAAAUUGACAUUUAUAGUUGUGCAAGGAAGUAACAUUUUUCAGGUUCUGUGAAACGAUGGGGAUGAGAAAUGUUAGAUUACCACAAAAGAACUAGGAGAGUGCAGUUUGGACAGAAAUAUAACACAGAAGUUAAAUGUCCUCUGGUUUUAAGAAAAAGGCUGUUGAGAGAUUACAGGGACAAAGCAGAGAGGUUGACAAAGACAGACCUGUGAGGCAGCAGUUCUCGGCAAACAGCUUUCUUAUUUUAACAUUAAUUUCACACAACAGGUACAAUGAAGUGAGUGAAUUAAGAUUAAACAGGAGUUAAUGACUCAGUGAAAACCUCCCACAAAAAUAAGAAAGAUAUAUAAUAGCAGAACACAACUGUGCAAAUUUCAUGCACUUAGCAAAACGUAGUUCUAGAGAAUGGAAGGUUCUGAACAAUUUGAAGUGUUAAUCGAGUUCACAUUCUUGUGAGCAGCACUGGCGAGUGAAACUGCUGGUGGUCAAACAGUAAAUUCAGCACAAUACGCAGCACCUCUGACCCUACUUGUGCAUAUAUAAUUACACUGCGGCAAACCAGUACUGGAUCUGUAAUUUCGUCACAUGUGUACUUUUGUUUUAACUGUUUAAUACAAGCAAUUAAACAAAUGGUGGAGCAUGAACGGGAGUUUUAAAAAACUUUUUAAUAAUGCAGCAGAAGAACAAAAAAAAGAAAUCUGAUAUUGCUUUCCAGACUGUAGCUGUGCCUGGACUGGACUGUUCUACAGGACUCCACGACACCUCCUCUGAGUACAGGCUCUUGGAGAUUUGCUCUCAAGGUUGUUCAUCUUGAGGAAGAAUUUUAGCAUUUGCCUUUUUUAUUAAGUAUAUAAAAUAGUGACUAUUUUUAUUCGCUCAUAUGCCUUUUGCUUAGCAACAGUAUAAAAGGAUAAUUCAAGCAUAUUAUUUAACCUUUUGACUGCUAUUACAAACUCCAGAAUGUCUAGCUCAUUUCACACCUUUUAUUUUUAUACCUCCUUUUGUCUAUAUGCAAGGUAGAACUGCUUCUUAAGAAGAAUGUGGUCAAUUACAAAGAAAUGUUUGUAGAGAGAAAAACAACUCCUAAUAUGGAAACUUAGAACGAGCUUCCCUGUGUGAAUUUGCUGUAUAAAACUCAUUGCAUUUAUCAUCUCGGUGGAGAGGUUACUCACAGAUCUGUAUGAGAGACUGCUCUCAGAUCUGCAUGAUUAUAUCUUCCCCAUGCGCAUG